AUGGAUCGAGGCUGGCUCAACGAGCAGCAGCAGCCGACUGCUUCAAACUCUUCACGCACUGUCAUCGAGCAGCUGCCACACGAGAUCCUACUCGACAUCUUUGCCCAUCUCGAUGCCGCCUCCUUAGCUCGACUCGCUGCUACAAGCUCGCGCAUCCGCCUCAUCGCCCUGCAGGACAUCCUUUGGAGACCCUUUAUCUUGCAUGCCAUCCACUCCAUCAGUCCGCCGGUAAGCGGGCCCAGCAUCCAUCCUCUGGAAUCGUCUCUCCCUCUGUGGCAUCCCGACUUUGGCUUGCAGGCCGACGUCAUCCAUCCUCCAGCCUGGCCUACCGCAGACGAGUAUCUCCAGCAAUCGUCAUCGGACCAGGCAGCUCAACUCGAAGCAGAACUUAGCCUCUUCCAAGACGCUCCGUCCUUGUACCAAGUCUAUGUCUUAUUCGUUCGCAAAGUAGAGCCGCUUUUGGGCUGGUGGGCCUCGGAUGUUCCCUUCUACGGCAUGGUCGUACGCAUAGUGCUCGACCUCCACUACAGUCAAGAUCCUGAUGACCCAUCGUCAGCCCCCGCCGCAUCCACAUCUCGCAGUCCAGCACCCACGCAGAGCUCCCCGGAUGGAGGCAAGCGAUCUUCGCCAGCCGUCGUCUGUCAGCGCGUCUAUCCUAUCAACCGUCUCCAAGGCCUCGAUAGCGACAUGGGCCGAUGGUCCGAGGUGACAGGCUUCCCCAUGCCGAGCAACUCGGCUGUCAUCGGUCAAGGCACCAUUCUACGUCGCAGCUUGACCCAGAUUCGCACCGACUUGUGCGAGCCUGGCAUUCGAACCGAGAAUCUUUGGCACUAUAGCUGGGACGACGCACGGCAUGGUACUCCUGUGCCGAGUGAGAUUGCCUCGGUUUCGUCGAGGUCGAUGGUCCCCAAUGGAGGCUCCUUACCUAAAGGAGACAACGACGUGCGAGCGCAAAUAUCGAGUCAAUCUUGGCUCCGAAGCCUCGACCCUCAGGAUGGCCCAGCAAGGCCCCUGAGACUUCGGCGCGGAGGGAUCCCUGUUGAAGAGGGAGACGACGAGGACCUGGACGAUUUGGAAGACGAAGCUGAAGAGAUCGACCGCGUCCUACGCAGGGCAGCCGAAGCGCCUGCCUUCUUCAACUUUGGCUUUGAUCUCGAGGAAGACGAUCCCGCUCAAAAUCAGUUGCGGCAGCUCAUGGUCGGGCCUCACAGACAUGCGGUCGGCAACAUCCAUCACACUAUCUAUCCUCUUUCGGGUGCCGUCACGACCCGGUCCAAUGAUGCUGACGAGGAUGGCGGUGUGCAGGUGUCACCCCACGCGUGGCAGCCGUAUCUCCAUGCGAACGAGCGCAAUGCUGGCUUCUCGCAACACACUUCCAUCAUGAUGCCGUCCCCGCCUGUCAUCUUUCCGCCGCCUGCAUUGCUUCCUGCCAUCCGCCUUCCGCCUUGGAGUCGGCUCGACAAGGUGCAAAUCGGCAUGUCCAACAUCUGGGAAGCCAUGUCAGCCGAACGCAGGUGGCUGAUUGAAGGCGAGAGACUGACUGUAGAUUCCCUCUUGAUGACGCCGCCGCCUCCCUAUCGACCAUGGCCCAUUCAAGCUCAUACGCUCGAGUCUGAACCGCGCUUCUUUCCCAUUCGGAAUCCGAGGCGCUUAUCAGCACUGCGCAUGCCCUCUCUCGUGCAGCAGAGCUUGCCUUUAGAGACAGCCGUUCCUGCCUCCCUUUCCUCGUUCGCUGCAGAGGCCGGAGGAGCAUCGACAAGCAGGGCUCCGGCAGAUCCCAUCCUCUAUCGCCACACCGCACCGCCGCCUCAGCACGAUCCCGCUCACGUCGAAUUCGAUUGGGACGCCGUCGAAGGGUUGUACAGCAUGACGUACGGUCCACACGGUAUUGAGUUGCUGUACAUUCGAGCGCGGGAGCUUACCUCGCUCGACUUUGCUCCCGACGAUCGACUGCCAGCGUGGCCUGCCGAGCCUCUCCUAUCGAGCGAUGACAUGUACGAGCAAACGCGCAUCAGUCGGCGCAGUGCAGCGAGGAUUGGCGCCAGAGUGUUGGAAGCGGUCAAAGUGCUGGGCGAUCCGAACAUUCCUCGCGGGCAGAUCACCUGGCGUGCCUUCAUCGACGAUCCAGGCAGAAGCGCCGUGCCGUGGCGACCACCUCCCGACGGCUUUCGCAGACAUACGCCAUGGCCACUCCGUCCACCGCACGCGAUCAGCAGCCAAGACGAGAGAUCGCCCGGCUUGGUCUUGCCCGCACACGGUCGUGUCGCCGGCGAAGGAUUCGUGGGUCCAGGUUGGGCCACAGCGCUGGCGUGCAUUUCGUCGAUCGACGAGAUCCAGAUCUGGUGGCAGCCCAUGUACAAGAUCUCAAUCGCAAAGAAGCUCACCGGAGUUUGA